AUGAUCGCCAAUUGUGUUGAAUGCCAGUCGGUGAGGCGUGAACCAACGAAGAUGCCGUUACACUGCUGUGAAGCUCCUACUGCGCCGUUCCAAAGGGUCCAUGUGGACUUUGCGGGACCAUUCAUGGACACAUACUUUUUCAUUCUGGUCGAUGCCUUUACCAAGUGGCCGGAGGUGCGAGUAUGUAGUUCAAUCACUGCUGACAGUACUAUCCGGAUGUGUCGUGAGAUGUUCAGCACUUUUGGAGUACCGUCGGUGCUCGUCAGCGAUCACGGUGUCCAAUUUACGUCCGAACAAUUUCAACAAUUCCUGCGAAUGAAUGGCAUCGUGCAUAAGAUGGGAGCGCCCUACCAUCCUGCUACAAACGGGCAAGCGGAGCGGUAUGUGCAGACACUGAAGCAGAAGCUGAAGUCGCUGAAAUGUACAAAGGCACAGCUGAACGUCGAACUCUGCAACAUAUUGCUAACAUACCGGAAGAUGAUACAUCCUGCCACCGGUCAAUCACCUGCGAUGAUGAUGUUUGGCCGGCAGAUACGAUCGAGAAUUGACCUGAUGCUACCGAAGAACGAAGUCGUGGAUGCGAAGAACCAUACAGUGCGAGAGUUCAAUGAUGGCGAUCGUGUACGUGUUCGGGACUUUCUGUCUACGGACAAAUGGAAGUUCAGCAAGAUUGCGGAAAAAGUUGGAAAACUUCGGUACGCUGUCCGCCUGGAUGACGGGCGGUGCUGGGAGCGUCACAUUGACCACAUCGUCGGUGUGGGCGCUUACCUUCCGGAUACAUCACCGAACAGUGCCAGAAACGAAAAUGGGAACCGUUACAGUCCGGAAAUAGCUGCUUCUCUAUCGACAGUAGCGACUCCCGAACGAUCCGUGAGUUCAUCAACGUCUUCAUCAAGUGCUCCGGUCUGUGCUCCGGAGACGCCAGCUGGUCGACGACCGGCACUGCCUGAUCCUGUCCAAGAACCGGAGGAAGGACCUCCGAAUCCCAGGCUCACACCAGUUGCCGCGCAAGUGGCUACACCACCCUUGAGACGAUCCACCAGGGUGAUCAAGGCUCCAACAAGAUUGAAUUUGUAA